AUGUUUAAGCGAGUUAUUCACAGAUUUUCCAAAGAAGAAGAUGAGAAGAUCAUUAAAGAAGUCAAGAAGCAUGAUAACAAUAUCAAAUGGGCUGUGGACGUCCUUGAGAAAAAACUCGGUGCAAAUCAUUCAAGAAGAUCUAUUAUUGAGCGUUAUAAGGGUUUCCUUAGCCAAAGCAGAGAUAAUUGGACUGCAGAAGAAGACAAACUUAUUUUAGACAAUUAUAAAAUAUAUGGAAAUAAAUGGGCUGCUAUCGCUAAAUUCCUCAAGAAUAGAUCUGGAGACCAAGUUAAGAUUCGUCACAAACAGCUUACAAAGGUCAAAACUCCGGAUUCAACUACUGAAAACUCAGAUUCACCAAUUGAAGUUCUAGCAAGCAGCCAGGAUAGCAUUAGUGAAGACUUUUGGACGAAUUUUAUCACUGAUUUCGAGAUGAAUGAAGAAGAAAUUAAUAGAAUGCUUUGUUUGAUUUAA